AUGCAGUCGAUGCAGCGCUCGAUUGGGCGCAUGAUACAGAAGGAUCCUGGCGACAAUGCAAAAACAGCCGUGCUGCUCAAGGACUAUGACGAUGCUGAGCAGCUACUCACUAGGCUUGUGGAGCAAGUAGGCUCGUGGCGAGCAGCAUGGAUUUCACUGGCACACGCCCAGCUGGGCAUUGUGACAGAGCUUGAGAGCCUGUAUGAUCCUAUCGUGGGUGCUGCCGACGAGACGGCGAAGCCGCACAACGCAACACCAGAGCUGCUGCUCGAGCGCACACUCCGGCUUAGGGAGGCGCACGACGAGCUGAAGACUGAUUUGCUUGAGGAAAUCGAGGUUGUGGACGACAAGGUCGUCAAGCCCGUGUCGGCGGCCAGGGACUACAUAUCGCCUGUGCGCAAGACCAUCAAGAAACGGGAGAAGCUGCGCCUCGACUACGAGAAUGUGCAGACAGACGUGACAAAACUACAACGCAAGCCAUCUCGUACGCCAAAGGACGACAAGAGUCUCGCAAAAGCCGAGGCGGAGCUUGGGCCAAGGUCAGACGCCUUCCACGAAGUCGACUCACUCCUCAAGGAAAUCCUGCCGCCCAUGAUUGCUGCAGCUUUCAACAUGCUUCCGCCUAUGCUGGCGACUCUUGUUGUCAUACAGAACAGGCUCCUGGGUUUAUACUACACCACUCUUCACACCUACUGUGAGGACUUCCAUUUCCCCCUCCCGCCUCCGGGCAUGGAAAAUGUCGUGGAGAUGUGGACGUCAGAUCACGAUCCCAUCAAAACGCAGAUCGAGGCCCUGGGCUGCGUUGUGGCGGGCAGGAGGGCUCGCAUGACAGCAAGACCAGGCGGGACAGACUCGACAGCACUCACACCCACAAAUAGGCGGCCAGUGGCGCCAGCCUACAAUCCCUCUUCAGAAGACGACAACAACAGUGGGCGCCGAGCAUCAUCACUAGGCCUCAUCCCGAGCAACAGCACCACACGGCCCAACCGCAUCCCCUCAACGACGGCAAUCAGCCCCAGGCCGGAUAUCACCAGCAAGCCAAGCUUUUCCGCGGGUAUGGCCACUGACUUUACAACAGCCUCCCGCCUGGGCCAGGCCGCUGCAGUGGGGACAUCUCCUUCAUCCGCAUUGUCCUCAGCAGACACACUCCACUCCAGCACAAGCCACAACGGCAGCAGCAGCAUCACCAGCCCGCUAAGCCCACCGUCAUCAUCAAUAGCGACAGCAGCUGCUGCUGCUGCAAAGAAGAAACCGCCACCGCCGCCACCUGCGAAACCAAGGGCAGCGCCGCCGCCGCCGCCCCCAGCGGAAUACGUGGAGGGCGACCGGAUCAAGAUUGUCAAGAAGACAGCGACGGACCAGGACUGGUGGCAGGGCGAGAUUGGGGGUGUCAGGGGCAACUUCCCGGCAAAUUACUGUCGGCCAGGCUGAGGGAGAAAUCACUACAAGGGAUGACGCAAUGCAGGAAGACAAUGGAAAGAGAUGAUGAAAUUGUUGGGGCAAUGAUAAUGACACAUAUACCUCAAUUUU